UCCACCAAGGUUAGAAAGGCCGUCCACAUUACAAAGUACCUUCCAGAGCCAGGGGUGGCCAGGAGGGCAGGACUAGGCUGAGUGGCUGAGCCGAACACGUGAUACUGCCAGACUGCCAACUGAGCCCUCUGUGAGCCUGAGGCUGAAAUCGACAUUUGCCUCUGGCAGGGAAAUGAACUUGUCAGUUUCCGUGUGCUUCAGACCCUCAACCCAAAGGAGUCAGAGAUUGCAGUAGCUAUUUGACUUUGUGUAUCAAGAACCUCACAACUAUAAAGGGUCUUCCCACCCACCCUCGGACCCCCUCCUGUCUUGCUGGCAGCCGCAGGACUCCAAAGACAUCACGUGGCAGCGUGGAGCCCGCCUCCUGAUGACGUCACAGCACUCGCAGCAGACGUGCUGAAGAAAGGAUGCUCUAGGAUGCUGUCCAGGUGGACGGCCACGCUGCAAGAUGCGGCACUGCAGGUGGACUUCUCUUCCAGGAGUAACUAGCAUGGUCAGCUCAGGAGCCAUGAGUGCCUCUGGGAACCUAAUGGACUUCCUUGAUGAGCCUUUCCCUGAUGUGGGGACCUAUGAGGACUUUCACACCAUAGACUGGCUGAGGGAAAAGUCCCGGGACACUGACAGACACAGAAAGAUAACCAACAAAAGUAAGGAGUCAAUCUGGGAGUUCAUCAAGAGCCUGUUGGAUGCGUGGUCAGGAUGGGUGGUGAUGCUACUCAUCGGGCUACUGGCAGGUACUUUGGCUGGGGUCAUCGAUCUCGCUGUUGACUGGAUGACAGACCUGAAGGAGGGUGUCUGUUUGUCUGCCUUCUGGUACAGUCAUGAGCAGUGCUGCUGGACCUCCAAUGAGACCACUUUCGAGGACAGGGACAAGUGUCCCCUGUGGCAGAAGUGGUCAGAGCUUCUGUUGAGCCAGUCAGAGGGUGCCAGUGCUUACAUUCUGAAUUACUUAAUGUACAUUCUGUGGGCAUUGCUGUUUGCGUUUCUGGCCGUCUCCCUGGUACGUGUAUUUGCACCAUAUGCCUGUGGCUCUGGCAUACCUGAGAUAAAGACCAUUUUGAGUGGAUUUAUCAUCAGAGGCUACUUGGGGAAAUGGACACUGCUAAUCAAGACUGUUACCUUGGUGCUGGUUGUGUCCUCUGGCCUGAGCCUUGGGAAAGAGGGGCCACUGGUGCAUGUGGCUUGUUGCUGUGGCAACUUCUUCAGCAGCCUUUUCUCCAAAUAUAGCAAGAAUGAGGGCAAGAGGCGUGAGGUGCUUUCAGCUGCAGCUGCUGCUGGUGUCUCUGUGGCAUUUGGUGCUCCCAUAGGAGGUGUGCUCUUCAGUCUAGAGGAGGUCAGUUACUACUUCCCCUUGAAAACCUUGUGGAGGUCAUUUUUCGCAGCACUGGUAGCGGCUUUCACACUGCGCUCCAUCAACCCCUUUGGAAAUAGUCGCCUGGUUCUCUUUUAUGUGGAGUAUCAUACACCCUGGUAUAUGGCCGAACUCUUCCCUUUCAUCCUGCUUGGAGUCUUUGGGGGUUUGUGGGGAACCCUCUUCACACGCUGCAACAUUGCCUGGUGCAGGAGGCGUAAAACUACCAGACUGGGGAAGUACCCAGUGUUGGAGGUCAUUGUGGUGACAGCCAUCACCGCCAUCAUCGCCUAUCCCAAUCCGUACACUCGUCAGAGCACCAGUGAGCUCAUUUCUGAGCUGUUUAACGACUGUGGGGCUCUUGAAUCCUCCCAGCUCUGUGACUACAUCAAUGACCCCAACAUGACUCGGCCUGUAGAUGACAUUCCAGACCGGCCAGCUGGAGUUGGGGUGUACACAGCCAUGUGGCAGCUGGCCUUGGCACUGAUCUUCAAAAUAGUCAUUACUAUAUUUACAUUUGGCAUGAAGAUUCCUUCAGGCCUCUUCAUCCCCAGCAUGGCUGUAGGAGCCAUGGCAGGCCGGAUGGUGGGAAUCGGUGUGGAGCAGCUGGCCUACCAUCACCAUGACUGGAUCAUCUUCAGGAACUGGUGCAGGCCUGGAGCAGACUGUGUCACACCAGGACUUUAUGCGAUGGUGGGAGCUGCAGCCUGUCUAGGUGGAGUGACGAGGAUGACAGUGUCACUGGUAGUCAUCAUGUUUGAACUGACUGGAGGCCUGGAGUAUAUUGUGCCCCUGAUGGCAGCUGCUGUCACCAGCAAGUGGGUAGCUGAUGCCUUUGGGAAAGAAGGGAUUUAUGAGGCCCACAUCCAUCUGAAUGGGUACCCAUUUCUCGAUGUGAAGGAUGAGUUCACCCACCGUACCCUGGCCACAGAUGUGAUGCGGCCCCGGAGGGGAGAACCACCAUUGUCGGUACUCACCCAGGACAGCAUGACUGUGGAGGACGUGGAGACACUCAUCAAAGAGACGGACUACAACGGCUUUCCUGUGGUGGUCUCCAGAGACUCAGAGCGUCUCAUCGGCUUUGCCCAGAGGCGAGAGCUGAUCUUGGCUAUAAAGAAUGCCAGACAGAGGCAAGAGGGCAUCGUGAGCAAUUCCAUCAUGUACUUCACAGAGGAGCCCCCUGAGUUGCCUGCUAACAGCCCACAUCCCCUGAAAUUGAGGCGCAUCCUGAACUUGAGCCCUUUUACUGUCACAGACCACACUCCCAUGGAGACUGUCGUGGACAUCUUCCGGAAACUGGGGCUCCGGCAAUGCCUGGUGACACGGAGUGGGAGACUUCUUGGAAUCAUCACCAAAAAGGAUGUUCUGAGACACAUGGCCCAGAUGGCAAACCAAGACCCCGAAUCCAUCAUGUUUAAUUAGCAAUAAGGCUGCAAAUGUUUUGAGAAGACCAAUAAGUAUAUAAUUCUUAAAGAAAUAAUCAAAUGAUGCAUUAUGAUCCCAGUGAAAGACCGUGUGCUGAGAGGGCAGCAGAAAUGAAAGCCUUGUUUGAAAGAAGGGGAGAAGGAUGAAACUUUUUUUAAAAAGGCAAAACAUAAAUUAGUAGGCAUUUUAUAACGUUAACCACUUAUGUGAUCCAAGCCGUGUUUCUUAAUGAGUUACUAACUGCUUUGAGGGCAUGUGGGAAUGUGUAAAUGACAUGAAUUAUACGAGAAUGUGGAACACAAGAAACUUUGGUCCCUUCACUCAAGAUUGAUGUUUGUAAUUUUGGAGUACAUGUGAAACUUUGACAAAGAGGGGUAUCGGCAUGCCACUGUUAUAUAUUGGUUCCUACAAUUUUACUAUUAUGUUAAGGAACCAUAGGGAAGAUAUUGAGCUUACUUUAUUGGAAGAGAAAAGAAAUUAAAAUUGGAUAUAGUGAAAACUAUGAGCAGACCCUGAUGGGUCUACUCAUGACGAUCUCAUUUCUUGCUUUUGUUCUCAAGCCCAUUGUUUUGCUUCUUUAUCAGUCUGAACCAGUAUCAGUUCAGUGAACCAUAGUGAACAUGAAGAAAUCACUUCUCUAAAGAAGAUCAAUUCUUUUAGACUGGACAGUGAACUUUUGGAACAUGUGGUGCUGUGCGGACAUUCCUCUCAUAUAAGGGGAUACAUUCUGACUUUGAGGGGACACCUGCCUCAUCACUGAUUUGCAACCCCAAAGCUUCGGCUUCAUUUAUUUACUUGUGUGUUUGAUAUAUAGACCAGUCUAGCACCUGCCAUGGAUUAUUGCCUGUGUGCUCCCAGAUUGCUGUACUGUGUUUUUGUUUCCGAGUAGCAUGUGCAAUAGUCAAAAACCAGCUACCCAGUGUUUCUACUUAACUCUCUUCUCAGGUCUUUCAGAUAGAGCCAUGAUUAGAGUGAGGCAUAUGAGUUCUCAAUGGGAAUUCCUCCUAAUGGAUUACAAGAGAAAUAGUAAAUUGAUUCUAAAUCUCUUCCAUUCUCUUCCUGUAGGAUAUAAAAUAUCCAGUUUCAAUGCCUAUGCAUGUACUUUUGUAAUAGCAAUCACAGCACAGGACAGAGUUACAUUUGAUUCAGCCAAUUGAAGUAUUGGGUCUCUUUGUAUUUGAACCUAAUGACUUAUUCUUUCAGUCUGCACUUCUGUUUUUUCUGAAGGAAAGAAUUAGUGUUGUAGGUCCAUUGCAUGAUCUCAGUAGUAUUUAUAUCAUUUACCAUUUCAUUUCAUCUUUGCCCCUCAUUUUUCCCUCAGUUAUCAUCAUUCUUUUCUAUCUUAUUGCCAUUAGAUAUUGAUGUAUCAGGUACAUGUGCACGUGACUGUAUGUAACAGAAAGCACAAUUGACAAGGAGUCUUAGUAAGAAAUCUGGGAGAUGGCCACUUCAGGACUGUCUCCGUAUUAUUUCCAAAAAUUCAAAUUCUUCUAGUAUUUCAUUACCACUUUUCUUAUCCUCUGCCUCAUAGUCGUAAAAAUGUUGCCCAGAUGCUAGGUGUAACGUCUACUUUCUGAGUGGAAAGAUGGAGGAAGAGGCAGGUAACAAGAUGAAAUGUGUGUAUCUAGAAAAGAUAAGCUUUCCCAGAGUUCUCAGCAUACAAUCAUUCGCUGGAAUUCUGUCAUAUGUCCCAUCCUCCUAGAUGUAUGCAAGUACCGGAAAGAAAAAUUUUAGCUAGACACACAUUACUCCCUGAAUGAAGUUUAGAGUUUCUUAAUAGGGAAGGAGGAUUGGCUUUGGGGAGGGGAAUGUAUCUGUCAUAUUAAAUUCCAUCGUCAUGUCCCACCAUUGUCUUUUGUAUCUUUUUUUACUCUCUCAUCCUUGACAGUCCCUCCAAAUAUUCCUCCAAACAUUAUUGUAAUAUUUUUACAUAUUACCCAUUUUUUCACAUUUGAGAGAAAAACUCUUUCUGAAGUUGAGUCUAUUUCUCAGGCCUACUAGGAAUUUUAAUUUUAAAUAAAGCCCUAGUUACAAGUGGGUUUCUGUGAAUCUUCUCAUCAUUGCAAGAAAUAUAUAUUCUGAAAAGCAAUCAUUUUUAAGUCAGAUCAUGCUGACAACCGUGGAAUACUAUAGUUUGAACUAUUUGUUUCUGUUACUAAUUGUCUCCCUCUGAAAUAACACUAAGUGAUUAACACUAACAUCAGUGUGAAAAUAGCCAGGUAAUAGAAAUUUUAAGCCUUGGUUUGAGAAUGAGGUUCAUAGUCUCAUUCACAGCAUGUAAAUAUUAAGUAGUAGAUCCUAAUAUUAAGGCUGUUAUUGGAUUUUGCAUGGCACAUUUAUAAAUGAAGCUGAAUUUUCCUGGACUGUAAAUUCUAAGUGUGAAAGAUUACUUCAUAUGGUUCCCUUCUUUUGCCCAGGUGGCUCUUCUCAGAGUUGGUCUGUAAUGGAAGGAGAGUAUUAGUCAUAGCCAGGCCUUCUAUAAUCCACGAGCCCCUCAUACCCAGUUUUUUUUUUGGUGGUGGUGUGUGUGUGUUUGUGUGUAAUAAGUAGCUUAUGAAACAAUGCAAAGCUGGUGGUGGUGGCCCAUGUCUUUAAUCCCAGCACUCGGGAGGCAGAGGCAAGUGGAUCUCUGUGAGAUUGAAGCCAGUCUGGUCUACAGAGAAAGUUCCAAGACAGCUAGGGCUGUUAAACAGAGAAACCCUGUCUCGAAAACCAAUAAAGAAAGAGAAAGAAAGAAAGAAAGAAAGAAAGAAAGAAAGAAAGAAAGAAAGAAAGAAGAAAAUAAGCAAAAAACAGCAAAAAAGAAUGCACAGCAGUAGAAACAGAAAAGCCACACAAUUCCCCUCUAAUCUAGUGGAGUCCAUGAAAGAAGACAAGGGAAUAAAUUUACUCUGGGCCAAAGUUACCAAGGGGAAAUUGAGAACGUUGUGUCUUUCUCCUAGUGCUUACUGUGGAAGUGCUAAAACUCAUUGAAAUAAUUGAAAGUGUCACUGCGCUGAAAUAAGCCCGCUUUCUAUUCAUUUGCAAGUUGAUCCUCUACUGUGGGAUUGAGGAUCGACACUGUGGUACGAAAAGCAGGUUAAGGUCAAGGAUGAAGACUGCCUCCCAGGGAGCCCAUCUCUCAAGGGAUCAUUGAAUUCACUCUUCAUUUUGUGGGGUGGAGAGGUUGAGACUACGUGCAGCAGCUCUGGCUAUUCUGUAACUUAUUCUGUAGAUCAGACUGGCUUAGAACUAACAGAGAUCCACAUGCCUUUGCAAUUAAAGGCAUGUGCCACCACCCAGGGCUCUCUUUGUCACUCUUAGGAAAGCUUUCAAUAGUAAUUCUGAUGGUAUUUGCUGUAUGCCAAUAUAGAGCUUCCAUUCCAAAGUUCUUGGUGGUCUGAUAAGAACUGGGACAUGAAAUAAACGUCUUUCCCAAUAAUCCUCCUCCCCCUUUCCAGAACCAAAAUCUUCAGGUAUCGGUAAAACAUUCUGGAGUGUUUCUGAAUCUAUUCUCAAUACCAAACCCAAACAAAACUGAAAGUACAAUCGAGAAGGUGUAUGCUUUGCAUUUACUCCCUAGGACUAAGGAAAUGGGUUAUAGAACACCGAAGAAUGGCUAUUCCCCUCACCAAAGACAUGUGGAUUUAUUCUUGAUGGUUUUCAGUGCAUUUCAUGGGAAUGUAGAUAGAUAUUCCUGUGACUUUUAGGGACAGGCAAAUGUGCCAAAAGGAAAUCUUCAAAUAUUCGGCUCUCACUGUUCCCAAGAACAGGUCUCUGCUCAGUACUUCCCAAAGGCCUUACCAAGGAGAAGAUGUAAACAGACACGUUUUGACCCUGCUAAGUCACAGAAACUGGACAUUUGAGAAUGAUUCAUUUUAUUUAGGUGACAACCUUAAGUUAUCGACAUGUGCAUAUUCUGCUCAUUAUUCAUUAUCAGAGCUGUGCUGCAGAAGAUGAGAAACUCAUAAAGGAGAAUGAUUGAAUAAUUACAAUAUCCCACCUUUUGGAUUUGGGCAAUGGUUUAUCAGACUCAGCUUCUAACCUUUGAAAUGAUUUACAUGAGCACAGAGCCAGUGUAUCUGACUUGGGAAAUAUUAACCAGAUCCCAUUUUACAAGCGUGGUAAUAACUAUUUAUUUGCCAUGCUAGGUGUGCUGGGAAUGAGCCUAUGUGUGAUUUUAUGGGAUACGUUCACAUUUGGUUUUGAAACACCACAUAGUAAUGUGUUAUUUGUUUUUUUUUUUUAAAAAAAAAAAAACUGUAGCGCUGUUUGGUACCUUAUUAAAAAUUAAAUGUUUGAACUCUUUUUGAAAA